AUGGCAGACCUUCAACAAAAACUUGAUGCUCUGAAGAGUCUUGUUGGAGUGCUAAAUAGCAUGGAUGAGGGUGAAACCGAGCAGAAUCCAACGCCACCCAAUAGCAGUGGUGCUUCUGCGGCAGCAAGAACAGGAAGGAGUAGGAGUCGCUCUGUUGGAAAAUACAACAACACUGGGAAUCAGAAGAUUAAAGGUCUCAGUAACCAAACUGGUUUCACCGAAGGCAAUGCUAAUGGAGCUAUCAAUUUCGGAGAUUUGAAUGCCUAA